CGAAAAAGGCGGCGUCCAUCUUCGACCUACACGUGACAGGAAUUGUCAGACGUGUACAUGCAAUUGUCGUAGUGGUUUUAUCGAGUUAUUCUAGUCCUCUGAUCGCGAGAAGCCACGAUUUCCGUGCCACUCCAAUGGCAAGUUCUGGUGUGCUCUUAGGUACAAUCCCGGGCGGAAAGCCGUCGACCGCAUUUUAUAUCUUCACGGUAUACUGAAUUUGACGUCUAGCACCUUCACUUGUCCCUGAUUUUCAUGCGCUCGGGUGCUAGGUGUUGACGUUAGGCGUCGUAGUGAGACCAUUCUGGGGCAGGUGUUCCACCACCAUCAGCGAUCACGUUGGAGGCGUCCACCAGGGUAUUUUGCCACAAGGGAGAAGCUGCCGUGUGACUACCGCUUUUACAGAGAUGAUCCAUAAACGCAUGGGAAAAGUUGUGUUUUCGCAAGACGAAAGAGAAAAAUUGGGACCUGCCGAAGAAAUGGAGGAAUCGGCGACAAUCCGUAACCACGAUGAUGGGCUGCCAAAGAGUGGCUUGGAUCUAAUGAUCUCAUCCGACGAAAAGCGUAAAGCGACCGGCAGCAAUCCACGUGCUCCAGAAGCAACGGAAAAUCUGUCUGGAGGACUACAGGAAGCCACCUGCCCAGCAUCUAGCAGCCGCCGAAAUAGUGCUUCAGGGAUUAGGUCGUUUACUUCGACACUUCUCGCACUAAGCCUUGCUGCUCCUCAAAACGGUCAAUGCCUGAAAGAUCAGGGACUAGAUUGUAUCCCAGGUGUCAAGCUUUCAAAGGCGGAGUGUCCCGAUAGAUUAUCCUCUAGUCCGAACCCAAGGAGUGUCCCGAAUGUAUUGGCGGAGAACUGCGGCUAUCCAAGAAAAAUUACAAGCGACACGUCAACGUCUUCCGGGUUCACAGGCAACGGGGAAGUCAGCUGCUUGGGAAGCAACGCGGUGUCACGGCUUCAAACUGGGGAUGGCGCAUGGUGUCCAUUGAAUUCCCUGCUAGAAACCGCUGCAUGGGCAGCCUCUUCCGAAUCAGGGGACAAGAAGUGCUCGGAAAGACUCGCUGACAAGCUGACUACAAGUUCAACUACAACUCCUCGCGGUGCUCCUGAUUACUGCACAUCGAAUUCCGAGUCAAAACCCGGCCACGCUACGCCAGACACAACCACCGGUUGCUCGACCGAUAAUCUGCCUUCCUCUCCAGAUCGACAGGAUUCUCUGGGCCGCAUGUCCAAGGAUGAUCCGCCACAGCGCCUGACAGGGGAGCACACCUUAAGGCGUGGCAGUCCGUCGACUGAUGGACUGGCACCGUUUGUGUCUGGUAAGGACGGGCGCAGGCUUUUCUUGGACGACGAUGUCUCACAACUUCUUGACACCAACGGCGGCCACGGUUUCCAAGCCCUGUGGUCACUCCUGACUGAAGCGAAAGACAUGCUGAGAGGGAUCGCAGCAGUGCAACAGAGUGUCGUAGAGGCGCAGCAGCAGCUGACGCUUCUGCAUAAAAGUUCCCUUCUGGGGACAGGCUUACCCUGGAGAGUGCCGCCGUUCCGUCGAACCCCUAGCACCACCUCAGCUGUAGAUGACCGAGGGAAUCGCGACGUUCGCUCUCAACUGGAGGCAUUAGGGAACCCUGAUCAGAUGGUGGACUGGGACGAGCCCGAAGCAUUCGCAACAGGAGCGCUUGCUUCGGCUGUCUCAGGUGACGUGAAUGCGCCCUCGACGCAAGACCUGAGUCGUAUCCUCCGGGAAGGAUCGACUAACGCCAAGUCCCCCAGUUCCUCACAAACUGGAAGUGAUGGAGAUAGCCUCCAGCACAUGGUCCGCUCACGACGCGUCCGCCCCGCUGUGCGGCCUCCGAGCCCGCUCGGUUUGGAAGCCGUACUGUCAGGUGGAGAAAUUGGCCAGCGGCAUCUGGGACUCGACCACCCCGCCACUGCAGUGCUGCGUAGUUCGACCUACGCAGGUGCUGACUCGUUUUCUACGGGAAAUGUAAACGGCGUUGGCACUGUAGGAUCUGCAGAAGGCUGCGCUGCCUCUUAUGGGCAGCAGCUCUUGGCGCCAAUCUUUCCUCGUGGUCAUGCCUUAGACAAGCAUGAGUGUGUGGAAGCGGAGUCUCAGCUGCCGGGUGCCCUCAAAAAGAGAGCUCGACCGCGAGGUCCGAAUUGGUCCGUCCCCGAAGGCGCGGACAAGGCUCGCAGUGCGCUUCGGCUUACACUGCCGUCCGGACCACUGUAUCAGGGCUCUGCGUCUCCAGAUGAACCGUGUUCUCGCAAAUCCUUGGCUGUCGAGCUGGGUGGUGGGCACAUGGGUGAGUUUCAGAAUCGGACAAAAAGAAAGGCAAGUCUGAUCACGGAACAUGGAUUGCCCGAUUCACCUUCUCAGGGCGAUGAUGGAGAAGACGGACACGGAAUCAAACAGCCCAGUCCCCAGUCAGCAACAGAUGUCGCAAAAAACAAUGAAACGUUGCAAUGCGUGGCGCGGAUGACAACACAAAAGAAGAUACGCCCCGCGUGGCCCCGAGAGGACGCCCCCAUGCCUGGGGUGCGUUUUGCCAAAGAUCGAAACAGCUGGGUAGCAUUCUGGUGCGAAAAUGGGAAGCAGAAUUACAAGUCCUUCAGCAACAAGAAGUUCGGCUGCGAACGGGCUCGGCUCAUGGCCAUCGCAGCCCGCCAUGCCUUCGACCAGAGAGUUGCGCGUCAGCAACUUCAGCAGUACCAACAGCAGUUGAAUGAGCAGCACCAGCUAAAGCAACUGCACUCAAAAAAACAGUCACGGUCUCUCCUUGUAUCCAGGCCGGCAACCGAAAACACGCCGGGAGACAGUCGCGCAGUUGCCGGGGUCUGUGACUUACCUGUGGAGUCGGUUUUCUCAUGUUCCCUAUCCGCGGCAGGAUUGUCCGAUGGCAGCGCAAGACAAGAAGCGAAUGUUGUCGCGCCUAAAAGAGUAAAAGACUCCAAGGCCGACCGGCCUGCAGCGGUGAAUCGAAACUCGUUCGACGAUGAUUCGGCGGAAAUGUUGGGCAAGGCGGCGCUAGGGCUGAGUUUUGCAGAGUUGCAGAAGCUUGCGGAGUCUCUGGAGAUUCCACAACACCUUUACAGUCCGCACCACAACUUACUGCAGACAACGACCGAGUUGCCUUCAGCAGCGGCUUCUGGUCUCACGGUUCCAAUCGAUUCCCUCAAAGAUGAUUUCAGUGAGUCAAGAAGCGCCCAGAAAAAGCAAGCGUGCUUGCAGUUGGAAAAAAUUCCUGAUGUCAACAAUUCGAAGAAUCGUCAUCUUGGCAAUUCCGCUGAUCCACAAAUGGGUCAAGAAGAUGUGAUGCAAGGUUCAGAGCAAGCAGACCGACACACCGGGAGAAACAUGCGACGAGGAAGCAGCGAUGCGGUUGAAGGUGAAAAUGUCUCUGAAGGGAUUCGAGACUCUGCUGUACUCGUAUAAGUCGUAACCUAUGGCAGAUAAUAUUCAGGAGCCUCAAGGACUAGGCAUGGAUACAGCGUGUUCAGUGGACGCCUUUGAUCAUCGCUUUUGUUGUGAGUGUCGUUCAGUGGUGACACGGAAUAAUCACUAAUUUUGUGUCUCCAAAGUACGCGGUGUUCCUCGUAUCAGGACAGGAAUUCCUUGGAGAGCCAAAGUUUGUGAGUGAGUCCUUGUCUGUUAUAUUUUCAUGCAACAGAUACGCAGUGUCUAUGUGUAUCGCGAAAUGUAUGCAUGCAUCAGGUGCAAUGCCCUGAGCAUGCAUAAUAAAGUGGUUUCCCCGCUACGUGGUGUAUCACUUAUUGCAAAAUUUACUGUUGUGAUUCAGCUGCAUUGCACCAAUCAUGACUGUCAUUACUGGGUCCUUUGUACAUGUAUAUACAACUAUGCCAACAAAGGAAUUAUGCGAGAGGAAGGCAGCUGUGUUGUGGCGUAGAGACUUGUAGGGCCCGUGUGGGAUGCUACUGGAGAAUAACGUCUUCCAUUUUUGUAUCUUUGUCAGCAAAUCGCCUUUGUUUUGCUUUUGUCGCGUGUUUCUUGGUGUUCGUGGACGGCGUGGAUCGACUGGAUAUAUCGAGAAGGUGACAUCUCUGUUAAGUAUGUAUCGAAUUCUUUACUUGGCUUGUUUUGGGGGGUUACUUGUGUGGGGGUCAGUUACGAAUGACGGCGGGCUCUUGUAUCAUUACAUGCUACAUUUCUUUGAAUUAAUACCUUUCCCACAUUGGUCACUCUUGUUUUAGUGAUUCAAAUGGUUGUUGUCACCCUCUAUUAGGGAAUGUGGGUCAGCGUGCUAUUUACGUUACGCUUUUUACCGUGGACGACUAUCUUUUUCCUCCAAGUGCAAACUUUUUAAAGCAAGCCGUUGUAUUAGUCGUCAAAUGGAGUCGAGGAACCGUUGUCAAAUUUUGCAUGGGGCGUCGUGAUUCUGUAAACAGAUAUCCACCACCACGAUCCGUGCUGUCUUUCAGAUUGAGCUGUCUUCAAUACGUACUAUCGCACAGUUUCGUCCGGUUGUUGGUGCGCGUCCUCAAUCGCUUAUGAAUCGGUGACAAAUGGUCCUUCUGUCGCACCGUUGGGUGCAAAAAACCACUUUCAAGACACAUCCGUUUCACGCUCUGUUUUUGCGGGUUACUGUACAUUCGUGGCCUGCUGACUGAACUAGCUGGAGUAAUGCGGCCAGC